AUGCGCAGAAGUCCUUCUCCACCAGAUCCCAGGGCUGGCGAGAACAAAUUGCGCCCGGCGGGAGAUAUCAUUAAUCGCAUCACCUGGGACUCGGAGUUCAAGCGCAGCGACUACAUUAUUGGCUUCGUGGAUCGGUUUGAAGGACAAUUAGAGAUCAACAUGAAUAAUUGGAAGAAGGAUUCGACGGACGAAGAGUUCAUUCCACAGCAUCGCAUCCUAUACAUCAAACAGGUUGGUGGGGAGAUCGUCUGGGACCGAAGACGACGCAUUGAUAAUAUCUUCAUGAGUGGGAACUCAGCGUUCAGCGAGCUAGCAUUUUUGAUGUAA